AUGCUGAGCAAGGCUAGUGCGCUCUCCCAUGGCGCCGUUUUGCUUAGCACCAUCAUUACAUCUGUAACAUAUGAGCAAUCAUCUUUAUUAGCACGGCCUGUUCAAUCUUCUAUCGUCCUUCUGUCCAUACUGGGAGUCAGCUUCUUCUUGUUGCGCAACCAGAUAGCCUAUUUCAUAUCAUUUUCUUCUUCUUCUGCUUCUGGUACAAAAACAUUCGACUUGCCUUUGCAAGAGAGCCCUGUUUCCAAUGGACGUAAAGACUCACGUAAAGACUCCAACGAAUCUCGUUCUGGGCAGUUCAGCGCCACUCAGCCUCGCUCAAGGAGAAUAGUCGUUAUCUCCACGGCCAUUGCUAUUUCUUUACGGGUCCUACUUUCUGGUUUGAUCUUCGAUAAUGCACAAUGUUCAAUGAACUCUGUUGAGGGUUAUCUACCUUUGCUUCUUGCUAUUUACGACUAUUGGUACAUUCAGCGCAGGCGGCCAGAAUUCGACCAUGCAUCCCGCGCGAAUGGAAGAACUCUUCGAAAGCUCUGGCCAGCUGCUUUCUUGACAGCUGCGUACACUGUCAGGGCAUCUGUAAUGGGUGCUCCCAAAUCCACUUACAUCUGUCCGCUCUCUUCCAGCGCGAACACUGGCAUUCCUGCCAUGCAGGUUCUGUCAAUCCUCCUCGAUUGCUAUGUUUUAGUCGCUAUCUCGGGGGUCGCAAGUACAGCAAAAGUGGACGCAUCCCCGACGAGCGAAAAUCCCUCGGUGGUCGUGGGUUCCAUCUUUUUGCUUUCCUCCGUGGUCUUGCUCAUCGGCGGUAUCUUCGCACUCGGUAUCAACCAAGUCUACUGGGUAGAAUUGUUUGGCGUCGAUUUCUCGUAUACUGGCAGUCUAGCUUGGCAAGCAGCCUUGUCUUCGCUAACAGUCGUCGCCGCGCUUCAUAUUUCGAUGACUCAUGGUUUGUUGCACCUUACAACGUUCAUAUUGUGCAUCUGUAUUUAUUGUACUGGACUUGCCUUCGCUUCGACUAACCGGAAUGUAUUGCCUCCUACCGGAAUGAUGCCAUUGAUCGCAUUUCUUGGUCUAUUUCUCCUUGGUGCUGUGCUAUAUGUACAUGCCGAAGCAGUACCUGGAACCGGACGAGGCCAACCUUCACAACGUCUAAGCCGGCGGAUGCCUUUGUCCAUAUCCUCCAUAUUAGUCCUCCUAGUUUUAUUCCUUGGCUGGUCUUACGAUCUCCAAACUCAAGAACUUGUCGCUCAUCCGAUUGACUGGCUAAUAAGUAAAGCCGAGAAACAAUCGAACGACUGGGCAAAUCAGGCUUCUGUCAGCAUGAAUCUCGCCGAGUGCGUCCAAGAAUAUCAGCGCCGCUAUCAGCGCCAUCCGCCUCCAGGGUUUGACGCAUGGCAUCGUUACGCAACAGCGAGGAACUCUGUUGUAAUCGACGACUACGAUACUAUGAUGGAAGACCUGCUACCAUUCUGGGGUAUCUCGCCUGCUGAGAUAAGGCUGCGCACUCAGCAAGUGAUUUCUGAUCCAUGGAACGAGGUUUCUGAAAUAAUAAUCCGAAACGGACACGCUGGACUAGGGCCCGACUUUCUGCCCACCCACCGAUGGAUGCUCGAUGGCGUAAUAAACCUAGUGAAGGACUUCUCAAGUUACCUGCCCGACAUGGUUGUGACGUUCAACCUCAACGAUGAGCCAAGGGUGGCAGUUCCUUACAAAGAGAUGCAAAAACUUCGAGGCCUUGCUAUCGGAUCUCCCAAGCACCUUCGCAAAACGGUACAACACAGUUGGAGCGCUGAUCGAGUUGCGACCUGGCAUAUACCAGAAGACUUGGGUUCUACGCGGCCAUUUGAAGAUCGCUCCCGCACCAACGCUUUCUCCACAAGCACCGCAGCCUGCCCUCCCUCCUCUCCUGCUCAACGAGCAACAACCUGGGACAGUAGAAACCUCUGCACAUCGUGUGCCGCACCUCACUCCCAUGGCGUUUUUCUAAGCAACUGGACCCUCUCCGCCUCCCCCUGCCAUCAACCUGACCUUCGCAAUCUCCACGGCUUCUACCUCAGCCCCGCGGCCUUCAAGCCCUCCCAUCGGCUUCUCCCCAUCUUCUCCCAGAGCAAAGUCCACGGCUACGCUGAUAUACUCUACCCCUCUCCAUGGAACUACAUAGACAAAAUCGACUACAGCGCGUCGGACGAACAUCCGGACCCCCCUUUUCCCGAAAAAGAAAACACCCUCUUCUGGCGCGGCGCCACCUCCGAAGGCGUCUCCCGCCACGGCACCUGGAAAGGUAUGACUCGGCAACGUCUCGUCCACCUCGCCAACAACCUCACCGCCGUCCCAACCAUCCGCUCUCCGACCCUGCCCGUCCUCCUCCCGAAUGCCCAGGGCAAAUACACAUACCAGACCCUCGCCCACUCAAACCCCAUCGCCGCGCUCAACCUCUCCCUCGACAUCUCCAUCGUCGACGGCAUCGCCCGCGCCUGGGACAACGACGGCGCGGCGCAAGACGCCGAGUUCGGCUUCGCGCCCCCGACCGACUUCCAAGACCACUGGCGCUACCGCUACCUCAUGGACGUCGACGGCGCCGGCUUCUCCGGCCGCUUCCUGCCCUUCCUCCAGAGCGGCAGUCUGCCCUUCCGCGCCGCCAUCUUCCGGAGCUGGUGGGACGGCCGACUGACGGCGUGGAAGCACUUCGUCCCCGUGGACGUGCGCUUGCACGGGCUCUUGUCCACGCUGGCGUUUUUCGCGGGGACGGCGGGUGGGGCCGCGGGCGCGGGGGGCGGGAUGACCGAGGGGAACGUGAAGGCUGGAGCGAUGAUUGCGGAGGCGGGGAGGGAGUGGGCGGGUAAGGUGCUGAGGAAGGUGGAUAUGGAGAUUUAUAUGUUCAGGCUGUUGUUGGAGUGGGGCCGGUUGACGGACGAUAGGAGGGACGAGAUUGGGUUUGUGGUUUGA